UGCUGACAUGGCGUCCUAGGCGCACUGCCAAGUCGCCCACCGUCUCCCCCGUCGAGCGUUACUGUUGUUCUCGAUUCAACCCCACUGGGUUUUUCUACACCAUCAACGGCAUCCUGGUGUUUAGAAUGAUAAAGGGUGACUUGGUGAGGGAACGUGAUAGCCUCGGCCGAUGAAGAUACUGGUGUGGACAGUCUUGAGCAUAAGAUACAUUAGGAAUAGUGUGCACAGGCCGUGGUUAGCGCGGAAGGGCGUAAGCAACGGCAAUUGCGCAAAAGAUUAGAGGUCUCAUGUUAGCGGACAUUAACGGUAACCUGGCGGAUCUGAGAAGCGAAGCGAUGGCGUCGCAGAGGUUUUGUCUCCGUUGGAACAACCAUCAGAGCAAUUUACUUUCUGUAUUCGAUCAGCUGCUGCAUGAUGAGGCCUUUGUUGAUGUCACACUGGCUGUCGAGGGACAGUUACUUAAAGCGCAUAAGAUGGUCCUGUCGGCGUGCAGUCCAUACUUUCAGGCCCUAUUCGUUGGUCACCCAGAUAAACAUCCAAUAGUUAUCCUAAAGGACGUUCCCUACGUUGACAUGCGUAGCCUCUUGGACUUUAUGUACCGCGGUGAAGUGUCAGUUGAUCAGGAGCGUCUCACCGCAUUUCUGAGGGUUGCCGAGUCCCUCAGGAUAAAAGGCCUGACCGAAGUUAACGAGGACAAAUGUGAUUUACCGAGUAUAACAUCCUCGCUACUUGGCAAUCAGAACACAGUACCUCCACCGCCACCAAACUUACAUAGAAUAAACCAAAUUGGGCCUCAUAAUGUAUCACACAAGAGGUUCCAUCAUAUGUCGAGUCAUCCGUUGUUGGGAUCGGCAUUGACAGCUCCAAAGAGAAAACGGGGUAGACCACGAAAAUUGAGUGGUUCAUCUGAUACACCAAUUGGUGAGGGAUCGAGGGAUGAUUUGCAAACGUGCUCGUCUGAUCUUGUACAGGGAUCACCGGAGAUGAUGGAGAUGAAGAUGGGCAUUGAUUUUCAAAGUGAAACAAGCACUGGUGCUAAUACUAGUGGCAAUGGUAAUGCCAAUAGUGGCAGUCAUUCUGCCAAUUCAACACCAGGACCGAUAAGGGGAAAGGAGGGUGAACCCAUGGAGAAUGGAGAGCGUGAUACACCGGAGCCUGUUACACCGAGAAUCAAAAGGGAGCCGGAACCAACGCCAAGUACCUCAGCGCAGGACGCGGAGGAAUCAUCAUCAACAAGUGGUGCCAAUUCACCAGCUCACAUACGCAUUAACUUUGAGCGUUGCUUCCGUAACGAAUACAGUGCAACAAAUCUACAAUCUGGUAACACCAAAGGAACAUCAUCACACGAGGAUAAUCACAAUUCUGACAAUGAGUCUGAACAAAAACCAACAAAGGAACAACUCAGCAGUGCCAUAUUUAAUCUCGUUACUGGUGAAUCUGAGAUAAGUCAGAGUGACUUUGAGGGUACAUUUAAAGUUGAGAGCGAAAGAACUGAGGGCUCAGUACGUGAUUUUUGCGUUAAAGAGGGUGAUGUUUACAGAUGUACCGUGUGCCACCGUACGUACACGCAUAUUAGUAAUUUUUGCCGUCAUUAUGUUACAUCACACAAGCCAAACGUCAAGUACUAUCCUUGUCCAGUUUGCUUCAAGGAAUUUACACGCAAGGAUAAUAUGGUGGCGCACGUUAAAAUAAUACACAGUUUGAAGCCACACAUGAGUCUUGGUAGCUCCAGUAUGGGACAACAGCGGUAGGCAGAUUAUUUUUAAACAAUCUGUCAAUGGGAUUUUUAACAGUCGGUGUAGAAUAGGUAGUUAGGUAGCUUUCAACACCUCCAAGUGGAUAGAGAGGGGGAGUUGGUUAUUUCUUUCGUUUUCCUUUUUCUUUGAUUUUUUUUUUCCUAUUUUUAUUCUCGUUGUAAGAAUUUAAACAACGCAAAGUUUUUAUGAUUUUUUACGGUGUGGACUUGGUUUGCCCUCAGAAUUGUCUCGGGAAAAUCUUCCAUGUGGAAUUUUUAGUGGAGAAAUUAAGUCCGACUAGUUUUUUUUUUUUGUUGCCCGCUGGAGUCAAUUGAUGACUCGUGAUUUGACAUUCGUCUUGGUAAAUUGAACAAAUCCUCGUGUGAGGGGGAUUAUUUAAUUGAGAAUCGAUUUCCUCUCCGUCUCUAUCUCCGGAUCGUGGGGCUACGCGUUUUUUUUUUUCUCAUCUUGUCGUCAAUAUCGGAUAUCGUGGAACGCUGAAGGGGGGGAUUGGGCACUCGGAUAAGUCAACGGGCAUUAACAAACGAUGAAACAAAUAAAGUUAAUGGAGUUUUUUAAAUGUAAUGAACGAGCUUUACCGCACUAGUCUUUCGGCGUAUCCGGGAGUUGCGGAAAAUUUAUACAAAAAGAAGGAUUAAUUAAUGAUGAUAAUGUUAUUACUUGGUGGAGAAAAUUUAUAUGAAAUCGGUGGAGUUACGAUUUCACCGGUUGUCGUGACAAAUUUUUAGAGAAUUUUAAUAUAAAGACAAAAUGAUCAUAGCGUUUAAUGAGCGAAUCCAAAUGCCAGAUUUAUUUACAAAUAUUGAGGGAACGAGAUACAUUUAUCGAUAAUCAAACACUGCACAGGCGAAAUGGGAUAAUUAAUGUUUUCAAAAUUAACGGGGACUUUACAAUUGUUGUUCGAGGAGGGGGAGGUAUGAGUUAACUAUCACGUAGACUGAGCAGAUGCAAUAUAUGUACCGUUCGCCAUUUUGUUGAGCCUGAUUGUCGAGGAUAUCACUGUUAUAUCGUAGAUUAUUUAGUUGAGAUGUUUUAAACAGUUUUACAUAGAAUCGUCAUCGUUUUGAAUGAUUUAACGGUCAUUAUCGUACAUUUAUUCAUCAACAAUGUUUAUAGAUGGACAAAAUUCAACACGGGAUAUGCAAUUAAUUUAAGACUGCAGUGGGGGACGAUUUUUAAAACGACACCAAAUACAAGAUAGUACUGACAUUGGAUAGACUGAAGGCACUUUAGUAAUAACUUAACCGCCGUUUACCGAGCCUCUGCAGCCCGACCAUUAAUCGAACACUUUUAACAGGUAUACGUUAAGAAAUAAUGACAAAUCAGUAGUUGCCAUGAUUGACAGGGAAUCAUUGAGACGAAACAAAUCGGUAUAACGCUCAGUUGAAUUUUGACAGUUUGGUUUUUGCCCUGUAUCUCGAAAUCGGUUGAAUCUAAAAAGGUCUUCACAGGACCUUUUUUGAGGAUCUCAAUCUGAUCUACAAAAAAGGUCCUGAUGAAUAUCCUGAUAUAACUGUCAGUUUUUGAGAUAUCGGGUGAAAACCAGCGGCAGGUAUCUGUUAACUCAAGCCAAAAUGAUUAACGAGUGUUGGGGGAUUUUUAAAUUGUACAUAAGAUGAAAAAAUGUAAUAAAUCGGAGUUUUGCCCGAUGGGUAAACCAAGAGUUGCCAAAGUAGAUGAUAAUAUCUCGAGAGUUAUACGCGUUGAUUGCCUUAUGAUGUGCAAUUUCUUUAUUCGUUGUGUAGUUUAUUGGAUAAUAUUUAGAGCAGACAAAAAAAUAGAUUCAAAAUUUUGACGUCCCAUUUUUUUUUCGCAUUUGAUACGCGAAGAUUUGAGUAACUUUAUCGAUGAUUUAUGGCCGAGGCUGCGGUACGGCGAUGGUGUUUAGGCAAUAUAGUUACAAACAAAACAGCACUAUACGAUCGUAGAUUACUAUAUUUUGCACUAUUACAUGUCUCUUCACCUCGUCAUUAUUAAUUCUACAUAUCGCAAGGGUGAAAGGACGCGAGCAAAACCCUGGGAUUUAAUAUUUCUGUUUUGCCACGUGGUUUUUGCGAAUGAGGGAUUGAAGGCGAUCGAUGAAGAAUAACUAAAAAUUCAGUUGCCAAGCCAGUUUCUUUCGAAUAUCUCCGAAUCCAAGCCCAAUAUCAAAAUUUUCGUCAUAACCCGAUCUACAGCUCUCGGAGAGUUCUACAUGAAACGUUAUAAUGAAAAUUUUGAUAUCCGUCGUAGAUUUCGAGAUAUUUAUUGAAAACUCAUCAAUAGCUUUGCUUCUGAGUUUAAUUUCAUUUCACUAGUUGGGCAUAGAUGUUUAAUGACUAGAGGCUAUAUUAUACCGAUAAAUUAUCUAUUAACGCUAUUGAUUAUUGUUAAUGUAACUUGGAGAGGGGUAGGCUCGUGGCUUUGAGUUUCGACCGAAUGCCGAGCUCAGAGAAUCAUUUUAACUGAUAUAUCUCGGUUAUUUGAUAACAACAAAGGUGCCAGUUUAUUUGUUAUAUUUUGUUUUAAUCCUUCGCGACAGUGGGAAUGGGCGUUUCGAAGAGUCUUAUCGAUUUAAUGGGAGCCAAAUAUUGGGGUCAAUUAUAUCGGAAAUAUUGUUAAGGUAGAACCGUUCGGACCAAAUGGAAAAUUUUAUCAGUCGAAAGGAGAUACUAGUGUGUUCAGGGGCUCCAUGGGUUUAGGAUGGUUUACAGUAGAUUAGGAUGAGAAUUUUUGAUUCUGGUGGGGCAUGCGGUCCGUUCACCCAGAUGUCGCAGUUUCAGUAACGAAAUGGUUAAUUAAGGUAAAUCGAAUUCAACAUUCUUCGAAUUUAUCUCGAAAACUGUAGAAUUCAAGUGAAAAUGGAAGAGAACUUUUUUUUGGAUCAUUAAAUUCCCGACGAAAACGAUCUUUUGAUAUUUUCUCGUAAAAUCAAUAGGUGUCGAGAUAAUUUGAUAAUUAAAAUAUCAAACUCGAGGUGGUUAAUUGAAAUGAGUGGCGUUUAACAUUUUUUAUAAUUAUCGAUUUAUCUCGGAAAUUAUUCAUCUCACGUGAAAAUGUCAGAUAAUUUUUUCUGUGGGUUAUUAAAUUUUCUAUGGGAGUGGUCUUUUCAUGUUUUCUUUUAUAAUCGAGGGAUUUCGAGGGAAGGCGGUGUUUAGGGCGUGUUGGUAAACAUUGGGAUACGUUGAAUUCGAUUUAUUUGAUUUUACUGGUUCGAUGGUGAUUUAUCGAAUCAGCUGUUGAAUCACCUAACUGCAAGGUUGCACCGCAUCAUUUAAUAGGCAACUACUUUAUGAAUAUUACGUAUUGUGUACACCAUUUAUACAGAAACGUGUGGCAGCGGAUAGACAGCUUAGUCUUUAAUACUGAUAACCGGUUUUCGUUGGAGAUAGCGAAAGAAAGUAGACGCAGACACUUUGAUAAUCACUGAGAGGCUAAGACUAACUCAAUUUUUAGACGGCGGGGAAGGGCACACAAGGGUUUUUCGGGGUGUUUAUGUCUUGGGGUGAAACGGGCGUGAGUGUGUAUUUUUUUUUGGAAUUUUACAAGAAAAAAAUCAUCUUUUUUCAUCUGAAAAUGGAAAAUAAAUUCAAAGAAUGAUCCCUCGUUCCACCCCCGCUAGAUUGAGAACGGACCGUUGAUAAUCAGAACCUGUCACCUCGCCAAAUAACCGGGGGAAUCAAACAUUAAAAGUUUAUACAAAUUUUCUAGUUUAGAUUCGACUCUAGAUACAAAAUUGAACAAUAAACGUUGAAGAAAAAUUCGUGCCAAUCGAUUCGAUAAUAAAGAUUUUUCCCUUGAAAAAUGGAAAAUAUAGUCAAUAAAUCAAAUAAGGCUCAUUCGGUCGUUGACGGGAGUUUUAAUCAAAUACGUUUAAAAAUUGAGAGACGUAAAAGAUUUAAUGAAAAAUGAGACAAAUUACGAGGCUUAAAAAGCAGACUGUACUAUCAGAUAGAACUAAUAUAUAUUAUAUAAAUCAAAUAUACAUAUAUAUUAAUGAAACAGAUGAAAACAUAGUUUAUUAUCGCAUCUAAGAUAACGAGAGGCAGAUAAUACCGCAAUGAAACAAACACGAGAGAAUGAGAGAAAUUUUAAAAUGAAAAUGAAAAUUACACCAAUAACACACGGGUUGACACCUACUGCGUACGCGUUAAUACAAUACAUUAUUAUUCUUAUCAUUCUUUAUCGCGAUUAUUAUUACUAUUAUAUAUUAUAUAUAAACAAAAGUUAUAUCGAAUAUAUUUUAGCGCUAGUUGGUAAAUUAAAAAAAAAACCUAUUAACGUCGUUGCAGUUUGAAAAGAUAAAGCAAAAAAUCUAAAAAAAAAAUAUAUAUUAAAAUUAUGCGUCAGAAAAACGAAUUUUUGGGGUUUGACCUUUUAAUUUUAUAUGGAGAAAAACUGUUGCGAGAGACAAAUGUGAAUGAAAAUUAAUGAGAAAAAUUCUAUACUUCAGUGGGAUCCAAAUAGCUUAGCUGUAAUCCCCAGUUUGGUGCCUUUUUAAAAUGAAAGAAAACGUGGACAAAAAAAAAACUAAAAUUACGGGAAAAAAAAUUUUUUAAUAAAUUGUUAUCGUGGGAAUAACACUCGUGCUGAGUGACAACAAAAAAAAUAGGCGCUCUGACGCCGCUAGUGCCAAAUAAGUGAGACCUUGACGUUUAAUUAAUGAAGAAUUUAACAAAAAAAAAAACAAUGAGAAACAAAAUACGAGGAGAAUAUACAUGGAGUAAAAAAAACAUUUUAUAGGUGAACUUUUUUAGCUAAUGAGAUGUCUUUUCUGACGCUGGGUAGAAUUAGUAUAUUUUAUAUGCACUGAUUGUUUGAUUAUAAUUAUUCGAUAAUAAAUGAAAAAAAGAACGGUGUUCAAUAGUUUAUAAAUAAUUACAAAAUGGAGAAAAAAAAAAAUUGAUAAAGUCUAUUGUGAAAACAGAUUGUGGUGUUGUUUAUCGAAGUAACUUUUUAUUUUUUCGAUUUUUAACAAUUGGUCACUUGAUCCGUUCGGCAUUUGUACUUUUUCCCAUAAAUCAUUUGUCGAUGGUGAAAAUUCAUUUUCUUGGAUAUCAAAUCUUGCAUUGUAGUUACGAUAAUGGGUAGAGAUUAAUACGCCACAGCCGAAUGAUUAUGCCAAUGAGAUUGGAAGACUAACAACUGUUUUAAAUCGACGGAAUAGCAACGACUAAUAGCACUGAAUAAUUAAUCAAAGGUAAUUCACCACCAAAAAUAACGCAUUAAAGGCAAUGUUUUGUGUACAGUUUCACUUCGUGUCGUAGAUUAUUUUGUUGGUAAAAUAGACACUCAUCUUGAGACCGAGACGAUGACGAGAUACAGCUCAAUGUUAACGUACGUCUCGUCUCGUCUCAAUAAGGGCUCAAUCUACGUCACAAUAAUUUCCUUUUUUCAUGAUUCAAUGAGGGGGCAAAACGGAUUUCCAACGGGAUAAACACUUUACCUCAAUAAUCGAUUUAUCUCGACAACGAUCGACUUGAACGCAAAACCUCAGAAACAUUUUUUGUAGUUAAUUCAAUUUACUAUGAAAAAUGUCUUUUGGCAUUUUUACGUUGAAUCGAUGGUUUCUGAGAUUAAUCGGUAUUUAAAUGAACCAAAAUUUGAAUUCUCUUCAUUUCUCGUCUGAAUUGACUUGAAACGUUUUCCCUUUCAUUAAUGAAUCCAUUAGUGUGUCUUUUUUUUUUUGUUUUGCCCGUCAUUUAACUCUGACUGAAAUCCUCAAUCCACCCCAUCGCUACGAAGCGCACCGUUGCUCUUAGCCAAAAAUUAUGUUUAUUUAGUUUCUUUUUUUUCUCAUUUAUAGUAAAUUAGGAUAGAUUGUACGGCGUUGUUGCUAUUUUAAAAGGCAUUCAUCUUUAUUUUUUAUUUCAUCCUCUAGGUUUAGGUGUGUAGUACUGGCUGUGCAGCCAGAUAUAAUAACAAAAAAUCCCCUGUCAAAUUGAAUUCAGAAUAUCUUGCAUGUUACAUCAUUGUUGAUUUAUGAAUUUUGUUAGGUUAAAAAUAUGUUUAUCGAAUACUUGAGGACAGAAAUUAACAUUGUGGAAAGGGUGGGAAGGGUGGGGAGGGGGGGAAUAUAUUUUAAGUAAUUAUUAACUAGACUGUGGCCAUGAAAAAAUACAGUACAAAUGUGAAAAUCAUAAAUUUUUUAUAAUGGGCCAGUACAAAUUCAAUAAAUUGUCGACUCAAUCAUGUUCUCGAGGCUUCAGUAACAAUUUUUUCGUAGUUUAAUCUGUAAAAUUUAUGGCAAUGAGUAAUUGCGUCGUCUCGUUCAAUCAUCGAUUGGGACGAUCUGUUGCUCGUUGCAAUGUUUAUUUUUUUUUUAAUGUUAAUUAUGAGUGGGAGGAUCUUCGAAGGGAUAUUCCGAGCCCUCAAAGAACUCGGAGACUCUUGGAGAUCCUCAGUCGAUGUUUCAUUAUCGUUUUUUUUUCUUUUAUUAUUUUAAUUCGAUUCGUAGUAGGUCGACGUGCUAUUUUCUGUUGUUUUAUAUCGUGCACGUUUAUUAUGGUUUAACGCAGUAGUAAGGCGUUUUAUCCCAAGGUUUUUUGAGAGUGGAUGCACAGAGAAUAUAUGAAUGAGGAAAUAAAUAUUCUAUAAAACGUUGUCGCGCAGUUAUUAAAGAAUGCUAUAUAUAAUUUUGAUUUUA